AUGGGGUCAACGUGGCCCUCCCCAGGGACAGCAUGGCCAACCGUGGUGACAGGGGGGCCUGCCCUGACAACAGGGUGGUCCAUGGGCACUUGCCCAUGGCCUGAUGUCCUGUGUCCCACACGCCAGUGGGCUUGUCCUGCUGUGACCCCAGGGUUCAGCAGUUCAGGGAUGCUGCUGAGCCAGGGAUGGUGGCAGGGUGACACCCCCGGUGGCAGGAUGACACCCUGCCCGUGCCGCAGAGCUCACAGCAGCUCUGCCUGCUGCUCCGCCUCACACAGAGGAAGCGCCGACCACAGCGGGGCUGGUGUGGGGCUGGGGGAGGCUGGAACAAGGCUCCCUCCCCAACCUGACGAGCCCCUUUGCCCCCCAGCAGCUGCAACCAGAGAGAAGAACGAGGAGGGUGAGGACAGGAGUCCCCCGGAGCUCCCAGCACUGGCGAGGAUGGAGCCCACCAAGCUCCCACUCACCAAGAGGAUGGCUCCUGCUCCCCCCAUUCCUGCCAAGACCAAACCAGCCCCCGUGAUGGCUUCCAAGCCCAGUGACCCCAGCGCCUCAGCUGACAUGGAGUGGGGCAGAGCUGGUGACCCAGAUGCCAAUGGCUUCAACAUGGUGUCAGUUACCACAGCCAGGCUGAGCCACCCCACAGCCACACGGCCACGAGUCCCAGGCCAGCGGCCACCCAGCCUGGCCCUGGGGAGCACGGGGGGUCCCCAUGGUGGGGAGCAGCCCCAGGGGCUGCCCUGUGCUGCCCUCUGUGCCCCUGUCCCCAGCACGGGGCAGGCGCCUGUCCCGCCGUGGAGCACAGAGGGGCUGGAGGGGAGGGCACUGGCCUUGGAGGACCUGAAGGCUGAGGUCCGCACCCUGCACAUCCUUGUGGACCUGAUGCGAGUCCAGCACCUGUGA